CCGAGAUCACCACCCUACUCAGCCAAAGUGACAUCGAAAAAGCCCUGGCUGAGUGUUCUGCUGCAUUCAACCACAAGACCUUCUUCAUAGUCAGUGGAAUGACUAAGAAGUCAGACGAUGAACUCACCAAAGUCUUCGACAUCCUGGACGAGGAUAAGAGUGGAUUUAUUGAGGUGGAAGAGCUGAAACAGUUCCUGAAGAGGUUCUCUGCUACUGCCCGGGAACUGAAUGAGAAAGAGACAAACGCUUUCCUUGCUGCUGGAGACAGUGAUCAUGAUGGAAAGAUUGGAGUUGAUGAGUUCAAGACAAUGGUCAAAGCAUAA